GCUUCGCUAGAAGCCGACCGUUCGACGAGGGCCGGGGUUCCGUCCGGGCCCUUCCCCUCGGGGGAGCGGCGCGAUGGCCGAGGGCAUCCUCCUCCUAACAGGAUCCAGCUCCGACGGAGAAGCCUCGGGGGUCUGUUCCAGGGCGCGCCGCCGGCGCCAGCUCAGAAGAAAGCGGAGGCGGUGCUGCCUGCAGGCAGCCUCGGAGGUGAUCGAUCUGACUGGAGAUGAUCUGGUUGGGAAAACAGCUAUGUACCAUGACGUUGAAGUAAUUGAUCUGACACAGAUUGAAGAUACAAUGGUCAGCCCUCUUCACAAUGGUGGCUAUGUUUCUCUGGAUCUAAUACACUCGACUCCAGCCAGCGUACAGCCUGUGUACUCUCCUAAAAUCCUCACCACUCUGGAUCCUGAAAGGACUCUUGAUAUGUCACAUGUCCUGUGGGACAGGAAACAACCUUCCCCCAAGGAAGGUGCCAUCCAACCAGCCUGCUUCCAAGGCAGCUUUGCCCUUGUCCCUAACUACAGUGGGGACUCUGAAAGCAGUAGCCAUACCACUUUCAACAGUGAUUUAGGAUCCUUGGGGAGCCCACAACUGGACUCAGAUGUUUUCUCUCUCUCUCCAGCCAAUGACAGCAGUGAACACGAAACAUUCCAGGACCCUGUAGAAGAUGAUCCUAGUAGCUGCCCACCUGAGGGAGAUCUUAAUCCCCAGCUCUCUCUUCCUGAUCAGAGACACUCUCCAAGCUCCCGCUUUUCCCAAUGUCCUCGGAAUGCCACCACAUUACCAACAGGUGACCAGUCUGUGGUAGAGAGAAAUAACUCAACAUCAGGUGGUGUAAAGCUGGAUGCUCAGGAACCAGUUCAGCAGAUUGACAUCAAAGUCUGGAUGAAGACAUUGCAGUACUUCCCAGGGGUGCCUGUACAUCACCCCUUCCUCCACAACGUAGUAUGUGAAAAGGAUGCCAGACAGAACAAGCAACAGAAAGCCCGGCCUAUACCGUCCCGUAGACUGAGCAUGGUAUCUAGCACUAUUGAGGAGAACUUCUUCCGGGGAACCUUGGAUUUCCUUAUGGAUUAUGUAUCCACCCAGUACUACCCCCCAAAGACGACCAUGCAGGAUGUGGUCAGACAGAUUUUGCUGAGCUCAGAAGUACAACAAGAGAUACAGAGAGAUGCCUACAUGCUGCUGAUGAAAAUACAGGCACUUCACCCAGCAAAAGCUGAUACAGUGGUAUGGGACUGGAACCUGCUACACGAGGUCAUGACAGAGCAGGAAGAAAAGUUUCCUGGACGAUUCCUGUUCUUGAACUACGUGAUCCAGACUUUGGAGGAUGACUUCCAAACAACAGCCAGACAAGGCAUUCUGCACAAAUCCAUUGCCAAGAAAAUGCUUUCCUGUGACCAGUGCUUCAGCAACUUAAAGGAACUGAUUGACUGGCUAGUAGCUGCAGUCACUGGAACAAGAUUUUCCCAGCACAGAGAUCUGCAGGAAGCAAGCCCUUUGUCAGAAACAUCAGUGGCCAAGAACAGCAUUUCUGUACCAGAACUUCAUUCAGCCAAAACUGCACAAAUAGAAGAUCUCUCUCUACACUUUCAGUCUCAGAGGGAGGUGCCGCUUCUCCAGAGGAUGCUUUCUAUAGCUGUAGAAGUGGACAAGUCUCCAAUCUGCAGUGUCAAUAAGAUUGCAGAAAUGGUAUUUCCAUCAGUGCUGAAUAUUCCCGAGCGCUGCCAGAGGGAAGCUUUCCUAAGCAGUAUGGAAUGCCAUCUUCUGCGCUGUAAAGUGUUGGAGCUCAUUUUUCACCACAGCUGUAACAAACCUAGCUGUAACAAACCUAUCAAUCUGCCCUUGUCUAUGGAAAAAAUCUUGUAUUUUCUGACACACCUUUCUGUGCCGAUAAAAUACCAGUUUUUCUGUUCACAGGACAAUGAAGUAAUAUGGAAAAGAUGGGAUGAGAUGCUUCACCUGCUGAAUUUACUGGUGCUGAGUUAUCACAGAAUAGUCCUAGGGCACUCAAGGAGCUCAGUGUGUGAACGGAUCAAUUUGAUUAUCAAAGCUGCCAAACCUAAACUACAGUCACAUGAUUCCAUCACCGAUGCAGAUUUCAGAAUAAAUAGUUUCCAGAAGCAGCUUUUGCAAACUCUGGGGCAACCACUUCCCUCAGCUAUCAAAGAAAAGAUUGAUCUACUCCGAGUAUUGUUUCAGACUACUACAGAUAUUUACAGAACUUUUGGGCAGUUUGAUGGACCUCCUGGGCGUGAAAGUAACUGAGCAAAAGUUCUUCCAUUCUAGAGAAUCCUUCCUCAAUACAAACACAACCUCCUUUUUUAUACUCAAGUAAUGCUUUGUACUAC